CUCUUGGAUCUUCCUCCACAACAAUUAAGCCGUAUUUGGAGCGAGGCAGCCGUUGCCACGCCCGGUACACCUCGACGUUCGUGGGCUUGUAGCAGCCUGUGGUCAGCCGCUGCCAGGAAGUGAGUCACCGCCCAAAGCCCCACUUCUGCUCGGCCAUUGUUGGGAAGUAUCCGACACCGAAACAGUUCUGACCGAAACUUUAAGGUAACGAGCGAUCGAACUUUCCCGCUGUCUGUUCUUUAGUAGUUUUUGAGUCUGUAACACAUAUUCGAUUUAGUCGGGAAGAAAGUGCGUCACUGAAUCGGAUUCCAGACACGAUGACCAGCAUUAACACAGCAAACAUCAAUUUCAAAUGGGACCCAAAAAGCCUGGAGAUCCGCACCUUGGCAGUCGAGAGGUUGCUAGAGCCCUUGGUUACCCAGGUUACCACCCUGGUUAACACAAGUAACAAAGGGCCAUCCAACAAGAAGAAGGGGCGCUCCAAGAAAGCUCAUGUUUUGGCUGCUUCUGUUGAGACUGCAACCCAAAACUUUUUGGAGAAAGGAGAGAAGAUUGCAAAGGAGAGUCAAUUUCUUAAGGAUGAGCUGACAGCUGCUGUGGAGGAUGUCCGCAAGCAAGGUGAAUCCAUGAAGCAAGCUUCGGGGGAAUUUGCAGAAGACCCAUGUUCCUCUGUGAAACGGGGCAAUAUGGUUCGUGCAGCAAGGGCCCUCCUGUCAGCAGUCACACAUCUGUUGGUGCUGGCAGACAUGUCAGAUGUCUACAAACUUCUGCUGCAGCUAAAAUUGGUCGAGGACAGUUUGGUCAAAGUACGCAAUGCUGGCACUGAACAAGACCUUGGGAUCCAAUACAAGGCCCUGAAACCGGAGGUGGACAAGUUGAACAUGAUGGCAGCCAAAAGACAGCAGGAGCUUAAGGAUGUCCACCAUAAGGACCAAAUGGCGGCGGCUCGCGGUGUCCUGCAAAGGAACAUCCCGAUGCUUUAUACAGCUUCCCGCGCUUGCCUGCAGCAUCCUGACGUGGCUGCCUAUAAGGCCAACCGUGACCUGAUAUACAAGCAGCUGCAACAUGCAGUUUCAGGCAUCUCCAAUGCUGCACAGGCCACUGCCACUGAAGACUCAUUGCUCAGUCAACCAGCAGGAGGUGGAGAACUGGCCUACGCCCUCAACAAUUUUGAUAAACAAAUCAUUGUGGACCCCCUGGCUUUCAGCGAGGAACGCUUCCGUCCAUCCCUGGAGGAGCGCCUGGAGAGCAUUAUCAGCGGCGCUGCCCUCAUGGCCGACUCAGGUUGCACGCGUGAUGACCGCAGGGAGCGCAUUGUAGCUGAAUGCAAUUCUGUGCGCCAAGCUCUUCAGGAUCUGCUGUCAGAAUACAUGGGCAAUGCUGGGAGGAAGGACAGAAGUGACGCUCUGAACACAGCCAUUGACAGGAUGACUAAAAAGACAAGAGAUCUUCGCAGACAGCUGCGCAAGGCUGUGAUGGACCACGUGUCAGACUCAUUCCUGGAAACCAAUGUCCCCCUUCUGGUCUUGAUUGAAGCGGCCAAGAAUGGAAACGAAAAAGAAGUCAAGGAGUAUGCUCAAGUGUUCCGUGAGCAUGCCAACAAGUUGAUUGAGGUGGCCAACCUGGCGUGCUCCAUCUCCAACAAUGAGGAGGGAGUGAAGUUGGUUCGGAUGGCAGCUUCUCAACUGGAAACUCUUUGUCCUCAGGUGAUAAAUGCUGCACUGGCUCUGGCUGCUAAGCCAAACAGCAAGGUUGCCCAGGACAAUAUGGAUUUGUUCAAAGACCAGUGGGAGAAGCAGGUCCGUGUCCUCACCGACGCCGUGGACGACAUAACAUCCAUUGAUGACUUCCUGUGUGUUUCUGAGAACCACAUCCUGGAGGACGUGAAUAAGUGCGUGAUCGCUCUUCAGGAGAAAGAUGUUGAUGGUUUGGACCGCACAGCCGGGGCUAUCAGAGGCCGCGCUGCCAGAGUUGUUCAUGUGGUCACGUCGGAAAUGGAUAACUAUGAGCCUGGAGUUUACACCGAGAAGGUCCUGGAAGCCACCAAACUCCUCACUGACACAGUAAUGCCAAGGUUCACGGAGCAAAUCGAGUCUGCAGUUGAGGCUCUGAGUUCAAACCCCACACAGCCUGUGGAUGAGAAUGAAUUCAUUGAUGCUUCACGUCUGGUGUACGACGGAAUUCGUGACAUUCGUAAAGCUGUCCUGAUGAUCAGAACUCCAGAGGAGUUGGACGACUCUGACUUUGAGACUGAAGACUUCGAUGUCCGCAGCAGGACCAGUGUGCAGACAGAAGACGACCAGCUGAUCGCUGGACAGAGUGCUCGGGCUAUCAUGGCUCAGCUGCCACAGGAACAGAAGGCGAAGAUUGCAGAACAGGUAGCCAGCUUCCAGGAAGAGAAAAGCAAGCUGGAUGCUGAGGUGUCCAAGUGGGAUGACAGCGGCAAUGACAUCAUCGUUUUGGCCAAACAGAUGUGCAUGAUUAUGAUGGAGAUGACUGACUUCACCAGAGGUAAAGGGCCCUUGAAGAAUACAUCCGACGUUAUCAGCGCUGCCAAGAAAAUUGCAGAGGCAGGAUCCAGAAUGGACAAGCUGGGCCGCACCAUCGCUGACAAUUGUCCCGAUUCCACUUGCAAGCAGGACCUGCUGGCCUACCUGCAGCGCAUUGCUCUCUACUGCCAUCAGCUCAACAUCUGCAGCAAAGUCAAAGCUGAAGUCCAGAACCUGGGCGGGGAGCUGGUCGUGUCAGGGUUGGACUCGGCUAUGUCCCUCAUUCAAGCAGCCAAGAACCUGAUGAACACGGUGGUGUCCACCGUCAAGGCCUCCUACGUGGCGUCCACCAAGUACCAGAAGAACCGAGGCAUGGAGGCCCUGAACAUGCCGGCCAUCUCCUGGAGGAUGAAGGCACCUGAGAAGAAGCCACUGGUCAAGAGGGAGAAGCAGGACGACGGCCAGACCAACCGAGUCAAGAGGUCGUCCCACAAGAAGCACAUCAACCCUGUCCAGGCGCUGAGCGAGUUCAAGGCUAUGGACAGCAUCUAGAGUGUGUCAUCGAGAGAUCAAGCUUAUAUAUCAGAUGCAAAAAGGUUUUAACAUAUUUGAAAAUCUUUCAUUUCAGCUUCAUAUAUUCCAGCUCUGCCUCGUCUCUGUCUGGAGUAAUGUGAACGGUUACUCGGCAGAAAUGAAUAUCCAGCGGGCGGAGGCAUUUUUAUAUUUCCAUAUUUUUAUAGAUGUUGUUCCGACUAAUAAUUCUGAGAGAUAUUUGAUAAUUUUGUAUUCUUUAUCAUCUUUUUACGCUCGCGUUCACAAUAACAUCAAACUCUUCAUCAUCUAUGCAAAUCCAGUACCUGCCUUGUUUCAAGUGCUGUAGAAAUGGGAGUGAUGAUGUUGUCCUGCUUUGAGAAAGCAAUAUUCCACUUUUUCCUCUUCCUGCCUAAACUCAACGUGAUCAUUUUUCCCCUUCUCACCCCAAGUGUGUUGGUGUAGAGUUGCCAGACCAAAAGGAUACAGUGGCAUCAGUAUUUGUUUGUCUUUGCUGCACCUGAUUUUAACACUAAUGUUCCACAGAAAAGAGGGAAAAACCCGCUGGUGUCGAAGCUUUAAAAUGAAAACGAGAGCCUUCUCUCUAGAGAAACCUUUGAUACUUUGGGCUGUGUAGCUUUUUCGGCUUCACUAAAUGUGCUUAUUUUGAGCGUAGAAAUCGGUCUUUUUCCGGGGUGUUCUGUGGUUAUUUGUUUCUGUUUCUGAGUUUAGAUCCAAAACUGGAGUGAUAUCCGACUACUUUGCUGUGGAGUUUUGUUCUUGAGAGCCGACGCGUUGGUGCACGGGACUCUGUUAGCUAUGUGCCUGCUUUAAAUCUUAAUAAAAA